CCCGGAAGCUAGAAACUUUUUUGGCGUAUGCGCCAGGCGAGCAAUUCCUAAAGGACUGAAUGGGCCCAUGGUGUGCACGCGAGCGAGGGAAAGAGAGGAAAAGUUGUUAUAUUUGUUGAAAUCAGUGUUAAAGUUGUCCAGAAGAGACUUAUCUUGUUCCGGGAUAUUACUGAUUACCAGAGGAUGAAAGAGGAUCGCUAUUAGAUGUGUUUUUGAUGACAAUUCUCUGGUGAGUGUCUACCUUUUAGUGCUAGCUUAAAAAUCGAUGUUAGCUUAUGCUCACUUUAUGACGGUGGAUAAAAAAAACAAAAACAAAAAAACAGAGAAAUGUGUUGUUUGUAACUUAAACAGAAGCACUGUACAAUAUUGUGAUGUGUGCAUUUUCUGAGUAAUAUGAGAUUUGAGAUAUAAUUGCUGGCAGAAAUUAUUGUCUUGUGAAUUUUAUUUUCCGUCUAUGGGCAUGUUUUUUUAUGUUCAUUUUGUGAACAUUUAAGCUAGCAAUAAGCUGAUAAAAGGUUAGAAAAUGACCGUAAGAUCUUGAUAUUAAUGUGCAUAUUAAAAAGAGAAUUUGACAUUAACUGAAGUUAACUUGUACGGUAUGCCGGUUGUUUUUUUUGAUGAUCGAUUCUCUGAGAGAGGGCUCCAGCGAGCGGGAGGUGUAUCAACGACCACGGCUGUCGCGUGUGGGAGUGUCAGGGCCAAGAGGCAGUUGGACUUGGACGAUCCAGAUCUCCAUCUGAAUUACAGGGAGUAGCUUCAUCUCAUACAUGCUACAGCUUUGAUGAGAUCCGGCACUGGACCCCACACACAUCCUGAUACUGUUUCCCAUUCUCCUUGUCUAUAAAAAGUGUGUACACUUUGUAACUGCCAUCAGACUGCAAUUACACUCUGUUGUGGCUGUAUGAUGAUCCCUUGCAAGGUUUUUCAUUAAAGGACAAAAAGACAACGAGGUCUUUGUCAGCUUUUUAUUCUCAGAUUUCCACCACAGGUUUCAGUUUGCUUUUAGUGGUAGAAAUGUUGUGCAAACAUAUGAUGCAGAGAAGAGGGGAAAAAACAAACUUUGAUGAUGAUAGGAUUGGAAAAAGUAGCCUGGUAAGAUGGCCUUGCUAGGUUGACUCACACAGAAGGAAUAUGUCACCCAAUCCAACGGUGUGGCUUCAUUGGAUCCUGUCCACCCAAUGAUCUGCUUUUUUUUUUUUUUUUUUUCAAAAAAAUUGAAAAUGCCUUCAACAGUCCUUUCACCAUAAAACAAACAAAUACAAAAUGACAUUUGGAGAAGCAUACAAUGUCAGUAACUGUUAAAUCCUGGUGUCUUUUAGAUUUAAGUUGAGUAUCCACACAUAUUUUACUGAAAACAUGUAGCGUGCUUGUGCUACCGCACAUAUCGCUGUUUUUUAUUCAUUUUUAUGAUGAUUUUUCCCCCUUGUUCACCCAGCAGCCGGUUAGAGCUGGGUCAGGUCUUGUAUUAAGUGAGUCAGGGAAGGAUUUGAUUCAGAGAUAAUUGCAGGUAAUGGGUUGGUUCUGGUUGCUGAGCUUUGUGGUUAUGGCACAAAGUAGACCUGUGCAGGACUCCGGUCAGAAGACAGAAGAUGUCCAUCCAUGUUGAAACUAGUCUAAAAAUGUUUUCUCUAGCAUGUUCUAUUUGUUUGCAGCAUACAGGCAAUUGUUAGGUGUUAGCUUGAAAAUGGCCUACUCUUCUUAAAUAUCACUGUAAAUAUCGUACCGUACCUUAGGGGGAUAUUUUCCAAGGAUUUAUGGCCCAUUUUAUGUAAAACAGUGAAGUUGCAUUUGUUAUUAUUUACUGAAGGACCACACAGAGGUUUUGAAAAGGUGGUAUUUAAAGGUGCAGUGUGUAGAAUUUAGUGGCAUUUCGCAGAACAGACUUGGCAGAAAUGGAAUAUAGUAUUCAAAAGUAUGUUUUAAGUAGUGUAUAAUCACCUGAAACUAAGAAUCAUUGCGUAUUCAUUACCUCAGAAUGAACCCUUUAUAUCUACCUAGGGAGCAGAUCCUGUAUGUACCACUGUAUGUUCUACACGCUUGGUAGGGGGGUUUGGGGGUAUUUUAAGGCAUUCCUGUUCAGAGAUGCAACAUAUGGAAGGAGAGAAGGGAAAUUUACACAUCUGAUUUAUGACCACCGACUGACCACUGUGGCAGAGAAAUUGUGUCUCAAAUAAAAUGUCUUGGAAAAGCAGGGGUAAAAUCUGCAGCACUGUUGUGUUUACCACAGCUCUCAGCACAGCAACAUGAGAUAAAAGAGCAGCAGUGCAACAACCUGUUAGCUAUAUCUUGCACAAAUUUGUUUAGCAAUUAGCCAAUAAAGCAGGCUGCUAUGUAAUUUUAAUAUAUUUGCAGCAAUAAUCAGUCAAAGGAGUUAAAAAGUUUUGCCAUAAAUCAACCACGCACUCUUUCCAUAACUUGAUGAUCAUUGAUCUUUUUGUUGAGCUAAGAACAUCAAGAUCUCCUCUAAAUCUCCUGAAUGAAUCUCCUCUCCAAAGAAGGCAUCUCCUAGAAGCUUUAGUGAGACCCCAAAUAAUGGUACAUUCAGGUGUUCUUCAUCAAAAGUCAGAGAUUUAAAUUGAUUUAGAAUCAAUGAUAUAUAUUUGCCAGUGAAAGAUGACUACCUGAACCACUUGGCAGAUGUAAGUGUCAUGGUCACAUUAUAAUCCAUGAAUGAAUGAAUAAAUGAAUCACAGGGUCAUGAUGGCAGCAGACUGUGUGAGAUGACCCAGACAUCCCCCUCCCCAGCAACGUCCUACAUCUCUUCUAAGACUGAGCCCAGACACCCUAAAAAGGAGAAUCGUUUUGGCCACUCGUAUCCAUCAUAUCCUCACAAGUGAACAAGGCCCAGAGAUAGUUGAACUCUAUCACUUGGGUCGGCAACUCAUUCCCAACCCAAAGGGAGCAGUCUACCAUUUCCCAGCAGAGAGCCAUGGCCUCAGACUUGGAGAUGCUGAUGAUCAUCCUGAUCACUUCACUUCACACUCAGCACGUGCUGGAGGUCAAAGUCUCCCCCUGGAUGAGCAUUGAUAUUCUUUCCAUGAAAAUCACAAACAGAAUCAGUGACAAGGGACAACCCUGGAGGAGCCCAACAGCCACUUAGAACAUGUUUGACUUCCUGCUAAGAAUGCAGACACAACUCUCACUCCAGUUAUACCAGGACCAAAUGACUUAUAGAAACUUGGUGACCCAUGCUCCUCCAACACCACCCACAAGGUACCCCAAAGGACAUGGUCAUAAGCAUUCUCUAAGUCCACAAAGGACAUGUAGAUUGUAUGCAAACUCCCAUGACCCCUCCAGUAUCGCUGCAAGGAUAAAGAGCCAAGCUUCCUUCCUGGCACUCUGGCAUAAGCUUGCCCUGGGAGGCUGAGCAGUGUGAUCCCCGAUAAUUGGGGCACAUCCUCCGGUCCCCCUUUUUAAAAAUGGGAACAUCCCCCUGUCUGUUAGUCCACAGGCAUUGCCCCCCGACCUCAUUACAACACUGAAGAGCCGUGUCAGCCAAGACAGCCCAACAAUAGAGCUUUCAACAUGUCAGGCAAACUCCCCUCCCAGGCCUGGCUUCAAAAGGGUGCCCCUGUCUCCCUCUUUCAGAGUGAAUCUGCUGCUGGGGCACAUUUCAACACAAGAAUUGCAUUUAGAAGACAGACCGGGCUGCUUCUUUUCACCACCAACAACAACAACGCCUGCGGUCACCACAAUAGUUAUUCUGCAGUGCCAGCUUUACCCAGAGGCUUCAAGACUUCUGAAGUGCUUUCAUGCUGCCGUUAUGUGCGCCCCGCCACCUCCCCAUCACCGCCGGUCUUCGCAAGAUUCAUCACUUCAUCAACCUCAUCAGCCUUAUCAGUCUCAGCAGAGUCAUCAGCGACCACCACCACCAGUGUCUGGACUCCAUAUUGAGAACCCAGAAAGGUGCAAAUCGGAUCCCAUACAUUUGUGAUUGGAUGUGAGACUACUUUGACCCUACAAAAUUGAAGAUGAUGUUGCUAUGGAAACUGCUGGUGCUGCAGUCACUUAUGGGGUGCCUUGCAGAGAGCAGUGUCCUGCAGAGUCCUGUCUUCACCAAGCAGCCUGGCAGCAUUGUGUAUCCUGUGGAGACUCUGGAGAAGAACAGGGAGGUGGUGUUCAGCUGUGAAGCCCAGGGAAGCCCACCUCCAAUCUACCGGUGGAAACUGAAUGGCACAGAAAUCAGUCCCAAAUCUGGAUCUCACUACAGCCUUUCUGGAGGCAACCUCAGAAUCAGCCAUCUGAACAAAGACCACGAUGCUGGAACGUAUCAGUGCCUCGCCUCCAACUCUUUUGGGACCAUCGUCAGCCGAGAGGCCAGUCUAACCUUUGCAUACUUGGAAAACUUUAAGACACACAGAAGAAGCUCUGUAUCAGUCCGUGAAGGUCAAGGAGUGGUUCUGCUGUGCGGCCCUCCACCGCAUUCUGGAGAUCUGGUAUUUUCCUGGAUCUUUAACGAGUACCCGACAUAUGUGAACCAGGACACUCGCCGCUUCAUCUCGCAGGAGACAGGGAAUCUGUACAUCGCCAAAGUGGAGUCCUCAGAUGUGGGCAACUACACCUGUGUGGUGACUAACACCGUCACGAAGACCCGAGUCCAGGGCCCACCCACUCCACUAGUGCUCCGCAGUGAUGGUGUGAUGGGUGAAUAUGAGCCAAAGAUUGAAGUUCAGUUUCCAGAGGUUGUUCAUGUUGCCAAAGGAUCCACUGUAAAGCUGGAAUGCUUCGCUCUGGGAAACCCGGUGCCCUCUAUAAACUGGAGGAGAGUGGACAGUGUACCUUUCCCCAGGAAAGUGGACAUGAGGAAAGCCAGCGGUGUCCUGGAAAUCCCAUAUUUCCAACAGGAGGACGCCGGCACAUAUGAGUGUGUGGCGGAAAACUCCAGGGGAAUGAACACAGUGAAAGGAAAGCUCUCUUUCUACGCUCCCCCUCAUCUCAUUGAGAAACCCCAAGAUGUCCAAAAGCUCAUUGAUGACUCGGUGGUGUGGGAAUGUAAAGCCACGGGGAAGCCGAAGCCUUCCUACAGGUGGAUGAAAAAUGGAGAGAACCUGGAGUCCGCAGAGGAGCGGAUACAGGUUGGCAAUGGAGCAUUGUCAAUCAGUCGCCUGACCCUGUCAGACACAGGAAUGUACCAGUGUGUGGCCGGGAAUAAACAUGGCGAGGUCUACUCCAAUGCAGAGCUCCGAGUUAUAGCUGUUGCCCCAGAUUUCUCUCACAGCCAACUGAGGAGUCAGACACUGGUGAAGGUAGGAGGAGAUGUGCUCAUCGAGUGCAAGCCCAAGAUGUCUCCUUGGGGUGUGAUCUCAUGGCGGAAGGGCAGCGAACCACUCCGAGAAAGUAACAGGGUUUCCAUUCUGGACAACGGUAACCUUCGCAUAUGGAACGUAACCAAAUCUGACGCAAGCCUCUACACCUGUGUGGCAAGAAACCAGUUUGGCGUGGCAAGCAGCACAGGAAGCGUCACAGUUAAAGAGCCGACCAUCAUCACCACCCUGCCGUCCACACUGGACGUCACCGUGGGGGAGAGUGUGGUCCUGCCCUGUCAAGUAAGCCACGACCCAUCUCUGGAGCUCAAGUUUACCUGGUUCUUCAACGAGCAGCUCAUCCACUUUGCAGGCCACGGUGGAUUUUUUGAAAAAGUGGGCGGCCAGCAUUCAGCAGGAGACAUUAUGGUUCGAAACAUCCAGCUGAGGCAUGCAGGGAAAUAUACAUGCGCCGUGCAGACGAAGGUGGACAGCAUUUCCAUUGCUGUUGACUUGGUUGUCAGAGGUCCCCCAGGGCCCCCCACCAGCAUCCAUGUAGAAGAAAUCACUGAUACCACAGCCUCUCUGUCCUGGAGGCCUGGUCCUGAUAAUCACAGUCCAAUUACAGCAUACACCAUCCAGGCCAGGACACCAUUUUCCCUCGGGUGGCAGGCUGUCACCACAGUUCCUGAGGUGGUGGGGGGCCACCGGCUGACAGCUACAGUAAUAGACCUGAGCCCUUGGGUGGAGUAUGAGUUUCGAGUCCUGGCAAGCAACACCAUUGGGACCGGCGAGCCCAGCAAGCCAUCCAAACAAGCAAGGACAAAGGGGACCUCUCCGAAGGUCACACCAGCUAAUGUGAGUGGAGGCGGUGGCAGUCGCUCCGAAUUAGUCAUCACAUGGGAGCCUGUCCCAGAGGAGCUGCAGAAUGGACCAGGGUUUGGCUACGUUGUGGCUUUUCGACCCCACGGUGCCACAGGCUGGAUGCAGGCUGCAGUACCAUCCCCCGAGGCAUCCAGAUACGUUUUCAAAAACGAGAGUAUUCAGCCCUUCUCGCCUUUCCACGUGAAGGUCGGGGUUUACAACAAUGAGGGGGAAGGCCCUUUUGGACCUGUUACCACUAUCUACUCUGCUGAGGAAGAGCCUGGCCGAGCGCCCACAAGGAUACGCGCCAAGAGCCUCUCUGCAUCUGAGAUUGAAGUUUUGUGGAAAGCUCUGCCCUGGAAUGCCAGCAAGAAAAGAGUUCUGGGCUAUGAGCUGAGGUACUGGAGUAGAAGUGAAAGGGAAGACACAGCCAGCGUGCAAAGGACUGUAGGAAAUCAAACAUCCACUAUUAUUCGCGGGGUGAAAGGCAGCACUACAUAUUACAUCUCAGUGAGGGCGUAUAACACUGCAGGAACGGGGCCCCCCAGCUCCACUGUCAACAUUACCACCAAAAAACCACCACCCAGUCAGCCACCAGUUAAAGUUAUGUGGAACACAUCAAACUCCAAGAUUAUAUUGAACUGGGAGCAGGUCAAAGCCUUGGAGAAUGAGUCAGAGGUCACUGGUUACAAAGUGCUGUACAAGAAAAACCGUCACAGCCGCCCUAACGUCAUGGAGACCAACACAACCUCUGUAGAGCUCGCCCUGCCCACUGAUGAGGAUUAUAUCAUCCAGAUCAAGCCAUUUGGAGAGGGAGGGGAAGGCAGCAGUAGCAGACAGAUCACCAUCCCAAGGAUACCAGGCCCCAACGCAGUCGGCUCAGCAUCCAAGGUCUCCACUCUAUCAGCCCUCAGUACAAUAGCACUGUCUUUCACAGCACGGACAUCUUUAUGACAAACAGCUCCCAGCAGACGUUGCAUCUGAUGUGGAGACAGCUCUACGGCGGAACGCAAACACAGCCCACUCUGGUGUAACUAGACCCAUUCAUUUUGAUUUUAGAGGCAGAAGGAAGACGCUGAAGAAAAUUAAAAAAAAAAAACAAAAAAAAAACACGCCAGUGAGAUGACAGGGAAGGAGUCCCCUUCAGCACCCAGGCUAAGUAAAGGAGAUUGACCGAUGUCGUUACUAUGUUGUUACCAAAGCAGCUUUCAUAGGAAAAAUAAAGAGAAAAAUGUCCUAUAUGCAUCUUUUUGUAUGACAUGUUGAGCUUUUAUAGAUUUUUUUUUCUUAAUCAAUUUGAAGUCGGUCUGGGCUUAUUGGGGCGAGAACAAUUAAGUGCAUGGCGAAAUAACAUCAAAUUUUGACAGCGAACCUUUUGUCUUCUAAAAUAAGAUGAGUCUUGUAACUUUGGUUCUAACAGAUCAGUCAUUUUUUUCAAUUGAAUUAACGAUUAACCGUCAUCUGUUACAUAUCUGUGUUUCUGUUUCUGCAAUAUUUCAAAAAUGUUUCACUCAAAGGGCUGCAUCGACAUGUUGGUUUGUCAUUACUGGGUUUCUUACCCAGUAUGUGAAGAGAGGAUUAGCAUCUAAAAUCAUCUGUCAAGGCAGCACACUAAUGCUUUACCAAGUGUUAGCGCUAGCAAACUGGGUGAUGCCAGCUAAAUUUGAUUCAAGGUGGAUUUCACUAGAGGAAACGGGAGAAAGGAGAAAAGAUUUUCUCUUAAAAUAUAAAAUAGAAAAUGCAGAAUAAAAAACAAUUAUAACUUUCAUCCCUCAUAACAUAGUCUCACAAAUGGGAAAGUUUUAUGACGACUUUGAAUGCAGUGUCAUACUUUGCAAUACCAUCUCCGAGUGAUUCCCUGUACAAUCUGGAGUACACCAAGGCUGGAUUCUCUCCUCCAGUCUCUUCCUGACUGUCAUCUAUUGGAUUAUGUGAAAAAUAACUGCUGACAGACAUCGAGGCACCCAGAAGACCCUCUCUAGCCAGCUUGAAGUUCUUGACUUUGCUGAUGAUCUUGCUGUCCUUUCCACAAAUGUAAAACAUUUGCAAGAAAAAACUGAUCGACUCAUCAAGUAUGCUCAACAAACAGGCCUCAUCAUCAACACCACCGAAAGGGAAGUCUGAUUAGUCAGGACAAUGGAGCCCAAAAAGAUAUCCUGCUCACAGCACCUACGCAAGACUCCAUAACAUCUGUAAAUCCAACACCUACAGCGUCAAAACCAAAAUUCACUCAUAUAACUCCUUGAUCAAGCCAGUUCUACUAUAUGGGGCUGAGUGCUGGCGAAUAACCAAAUGCAACAUGAACAAAGUCAGCUCAUUUCACAAUGACUGCCUGUUAAAUUAUUCUACAUAUAUUCUGGCCCAAAUAAGGAGCUCUACAUAAAGACUGGCUGCCAAGAUGUGAUCUCAGAAAUUAAAUACCAUUUAUGAUGAGAUGAUGAUGACUUGGACACAUACUAUGAAUGCCCCCAGAGCAAAUCCCAAAAGUGACCCUCAAAUGGACACAAUCAGGAAAAAGGAUACAAUGCCAACCAAAGAUCACCUGGCGAACACUAUAGAAUUGCUGGAGAUCGGUCUCUUAUGGGGUGAGGCACAAUUAGUUGCUAAAGACCGUGACAGGUGGAGGGGGCGAAGAGCACAAGUAAGUAAGUAUAACUUUCAUCAGAUAAUGUUCAUUGGCGCUAAAUACAUUAAGGAUUGGUCCAGGAUUUUUUCAAGUCUAUCUUAAUACAAUACUCACACGCCAUUCUGUCCAUACUGGCUGUUUGUAGCAUGACUACAUCGUGAAAGAUGAGGAACAAAAUCCAUGGUCCUCAUUUUGUGCAAAAAGGUCAUCAAAAGUUCAGUUUAAGCUUAUAUCAGCAGUCUGAGUUAGCCAGUUCAAGUGGGUAUUUCCCAAAGUUACAUUCUUUUUAGUAAAAUAUUUCCUGUAGUGUUUCCUUUCUGAGCUGCAGUCACAGGGUACGUCCUGGUUUAAUGUAGGUUUAUUGUUGAGACAAAACACCAUCAAUAAACCUACACAUGACUACCAAGAAAAAGAUACCUGCCUCUUGAUUCGGCUAACUCAGACUGCUGAAGCUUUGGCUGAACUCUCUUCUUACACAGAACAAAGAAGGAAGGCAUCAUUUCAGAGCCAGUGACUCUUUCAGCAUACAUAUUGUAACGCGUGCGGUCCUAAAAUAGGUUCAAACUUUUUCAAACCUAGCCAUCAACACGCUGGAUGCUUUAGCGUUAGCAUGCCACGAUUUUGGUGCCAGUCCUCUGGGGUAAGAAGACCAGGAAUUCCCAAAAAGUCGAUGAAGUCCUUAAAGCUAUCCAUGUGAUAGUUGCCGACCUUGUUACCAGUAAUAGCAGCAUGCUGUUUUGGAGAGCGUCUCCCCUGGGUUCCUCUGCCUUGGCCGUUGAACUGCACUGGUGACCGGACCCUUGUGGCUGUCUCAUGCUCCUCAUUCUUUCAGUUAGCCCUGUGUGUAGAGCUAUUCUUUGCCUUCUGUGUGCCUCAUCAUAUGUUCAAAAUCCUCAGGUCCUUAAAGAGCCUUAACUUAUCAUAUGUAUAUCGAAAACAUUAGAAACGUAGAACUAUGAAGCAGCCGCGGUGAUGUUUACAUGCUGCUGUGUCGAUAGAUUCUGUAUGUUGUCAGGAUCGGGGGGCCCAGCAUCCUUUGUGUCAAUGCUGAGGUUACUGAGGUUAGUUUGAAUGGCAUUCUGCUGUUUUGGAUGGGAUAUUGGCAAUAUAUGAGGCCUGGUGCAUUUUUAUAGGUGUGUAUUCUUAAUAAAAGAUGAUGCUGCUGAUCUUUUCCUUUUUUCCCAUAGUCUCCUGAUGCCAUGUGGGACUGCUGUGGUACAGAGGUACAGUGCAGUCUGUAUGUAGCUUGUAAUCCAGUUAAGUAGUUUGUAGUACUUUGAAGGGAAGUGUACUGUAGGCUACUGGGUCUUGCUCAGAAUCAUGCAUCACGAAAUGUGUAAUAUACUGUUUUGUACACUUCAAAUCAUUUAUAUAAAAGAACCUUUCUAAAGAGAUGAUUUACUUGGUUUUUAUGUAAUAACUCUGUUUCAUACUGUAGCUAACUGUUGCUCAGCAUGACUGUACUUUGUCCUCUCUCUUCUGUCUAUUUGCAAACUGACUGAAUGGCUUUAGGAACAUGCAAGGUUCAUGCAUCUGAUUGGUUUGUGUAUACUGUACCUGAACCAUCAUUGGCCCCAUGUCUAUGCUUCUCAGUCAGCCCCUCUGAGAUGUACUGGGUCUACUGUCCAUAUACGCUCUACAUGAGGGUUUCCUCUGUUGCUAUUUAUUGUUUAU